AUGUCCACAUUGACAUCCAGCACACCAACGCGAACACGAACGCGUGCUCGCCGAGCAAAGCUGACAACACUGAGGUCGUCGUCCACAUCGCGAGACCAGGAGCCGCGCUUCAAGACGGUGCCCAUCCCCAGGUUAGAAGAGGCCAAGGUCACGGGCCUCACGUUCAACCCAAUCUCACACAGCGUCGCCGCCGCAUAUGUGGACGGCGUGUGCCUCGUCUGGAAACCGUGCGCAUCCCGCAGUCGUGCCGCCCUGCUGAAGCGGUGCCAGGUGCCGAGGCCCGGCUCCAGCCCUACGGGCGAGGAUGUACAGAAGAAGGCACAUGAAGGCUCCUGUACCUGCGUCAAAUGGAGCCCAAAUGGGCAAAUGUUGGCAACUUCGGGCUCCGACAGCAGAAUCGUCCUCUGGACGCCGGAGCUGGAGGAGGUGACGGUGCUUGAUGGCCACUCUAGAACAGUAUGGCACAUUGCCUUCUCAUCAACCGGAAAGCUCCUAGCGUCGUGCUCUGGUGACUCGACGAGUAAGAUAUGGAACACAGAGACGGGGCAGGUGGUGCACACGCUUGUGGGGCACGAAGGCUCUGUUCAGUACGUCGCCUUCAACCCAACAGAUGCUGUUGCCGCCACAUGCUCCAUCGACUCAACAGUCAAGCUUUGGGACGUCCUCACAGGCCAAUGCGUGAACACGUUGGUUGGGCACGACGAGUGGGUGUCGCAGAUUGUGUUUUCGCCAACAUCUGCGACCAUGUGUGCGACAUGCUCCUCGGACUGCACUGUUCGUCUGUGGGAGGGUGACUCGUGCUGGCGCGUCCUUGAAGACCACGAGGCAGACGUCAACACCGUUCGCUUCAGCCCGAGCGGGGCGGCGCUCAUCUCGUGUUCCGACGACUCCACAAUCAAUUUCUACGACCUUCGCCUUGGCCAGCUCAAGUACAAGAUGACAGGACCACACCCCAUGAACGACGUCGUGUUCAGCCCGGACGGGUCUGUCAUUGCUGGCGUGGACGAGGGCGGGAACCUGUCGCUGUGGGACGUGGCGAGCGGGGAGUUGUUCGCCUCCAUCCAGAAGCACAAGGUCUCUGCAACACACGUGACAUUUGAUCCCAACGGCAGCAUGGUGUGCACUGCGGACGAGAAGGGAACUGUACUUGUCUGGUACCUGGCGCCGGUUGACGGCGUGUUGCCGGGUGCAGACAAGGGGCGGUGCAUCCUUUCGUGA